UUCCUAAUACAUGAAUUAAUGAAUAAUGAAAAACAUUUUUUUUAAGAAACUUUCAGAGAAGCUCAAAAUUCAAGAUAAAAGUGUCUUGAUGAAAAAGGCUUAUUCACCGUUGAUUGUGGUGAAGACAUUUGAAGAUAUUCGAGAGAAACAUCGAAUUCUUGCUGUGUACAACAUUAAUGUCAGUGAGGAAGAGAAAGUGCUCUGCAGUAAAUUAAAACAAUUAUGGGAUGAUCUAUUUCAAGAUUUGAGAAAUUUUAGGAAGCAGCAUGAGGACUUGCCAAGAUUUACGGAGAGCUCCAAGCAACUAGAUCAGCACCAAGAAAAAGCAGUGCUAGCUGAUCCACAAUUCAUUUCCACUGCAGCAGGAGAUGAGGAAGUGCCAAUGAACUAGAAUGCACUGCCCAUCACAAAUGUGCAAUGUAUAAAUGGACCUAAAAUAAGCAGCAAAUCAAACCAUGAACAUAUAAUAGAUUUAAAUAAAUAUACUUGUAUACUAAGCAUUCUGAGGAAACAAGCUCGUCUUCUCUCUCUUGCAAAUUGUUAAAGUGAGCAAUGAAGUGAAAAAGAUUUAAUUGAAAUGUUUUUAUAAACACAUCUGUUAUUAGUUACCAUUGUCAGUUUUUGUAUAUACUUAAGAUUGCUAGGAUAUCCACUUUCAAAUUACAAAAUGAUUAUUAUGUAUUACUUGCUUUUCAAUUUCAGUUCUUUUAGUCUUAUUCUGUUCUCAGUGUCUUUUAAAUGUCACACGGACUUUUCACAAUGCCUGCUUUCACCUGGAUUCUCUGGCACACUGUGCAGUA